AUGGCUUCAUUUAUAGCGUCUCUUCUGCUCCUCCUCCUCUUCCUCUUUGUCCUAAAACAAUCGGUGGCAGCUCCCGACAUACCUAGUUCCAAUCCGUCCCCGGUCGACUCACUUCCGCCGCUCAAAACCACGCUUCUUGCCGCCACUGACCUCUUGACCCUCCUCGAAUCCGCGAACCAGGCCGACAUUGUUGAGGAAAAAAGAGGGACUCUCGAGACCUGCGAGGAACUCCUCCGGAUAUCAAUCUCGAACCUAAAAGAAUCACUUUCAGUGGUUGCCGACCUGUCCAAGGUGAGGGGCCUCCUGAGCUCAGUUCUCACGAAUCACCGGACAUGCAUGGAGGGAAUCCGGUCGACGUCGGGACCGCUAAAAGAUGUCCUAGAAAGUUCCUUUCGCCAUUCUUACGAGCAGAUCAACACAUCACUCUCGGUCAUUUACAAGGCGUUGCUGCUGCAAGAACCGAGACAUCACCGGAGGCGGAUUAGCUCCGCAAAGUGGCUCUCUAGGAAUGACCGCUUGGUCCUGGAGGCCCCCGUUACAAGCUUUCAUCCUGGGGACGUGAUCACUGUGGCUGCAGAUGGAAGCGGGAAUUUCAGCACCAUAUCCGACGCGAUUAGGUUGGCGGUUCCAGAUAAAAGUGAUCGCAGGACAGUAGUUCGUAUCAAGAAGGGAGUUUACCGUGAACUUUUGCAAAUUCCGACCAGUAAGACCAACGUCUUCUUGGUAGGAGAAGGAGACGGCCAAACCGUCAUCACCGGGAAUCGAAAUUCUGUAGACGGGUGGCAGACUUACCAAACCGCAACCGUUGGCGUUUCGGGUCGAGGAUUCAUGGCGAGGGACAUCACGUUCGAGAACACGGCAGGACCAGCCAAGCACCAAGCCGUUGCCCUCCGAGUGAAUGCAGAUUUCGCCGCAUUUUACCAUUGCGGCAUCCAUGGCUUCCAGGACACACUGUACGCGCACUCAGGCAAGCAGUUUUACCGUGAAUGCAAGAUCUCGGGAACAAUUGACUUCAUAUGCGGUGAUGCUUCGGCUGUCUUCCAAUCUUGCCAGGUGAUAUCGAAAAAGCCAUUGCCCUGGCAAUUAACCACCGUCACGGCCCAAUCGAGAGGAGUGCCGACCCAAGACAGCGGUUUCUCCUUCCACAGGUGCUCAAUAUUGGCCUCCCCUGACUUGGCCUCCUCCCCUGGGAAGAAUUACCUGGGGAGGCCUUGGCAGGCAUACUCUAGGACAGUGAUCCUUGACUCCGACAUCGGCGGACACAUCGACCCGGCAGGUUGGUCUCCCUGGGAGGGUAAGGACUUUGCCGACACCGUGUACUAUGGCGAGUACGGGAAUCAUGGCCCCGGUUCGAGCACUGCUGGUAGAGUCCGAUGGAAAGGCUUUCAUGCCAUGAGUUACCAAGACACGUCACCUUUCAUGGUCUCGCCAUUCAUUUGGGCAGAUAAGUGGCUGCCAUCCACUAAUUUCCCGUACGACCCUUCAAUAUGA